AAACUAUUCGAACACCCCAUCGAUACGGACUGGGACACAAAGCUCGGGAAGCUCCGUGUGUUGGAAGGCGCUGCGCGCUGCAGACAUGGGUACUGUUCUGUCUCUGUCGCCGAGGUCAAGGAAGGCAGCGGGCGGUGUGUGUGUGGACGAGAAACCGGACCUUGCGACGGCGGGAAAACACAGGAGAAGAGCCUAAAGAAGCGCCACUCGGUGCUGCUCCAUGCUCUGACGUGGAAGAGGCUGGUCGCCGCAUCGGCCAAGAAGAAGAAUGCCAAAAAGGUGAAUCCCAAACCCGACGGCAGCCAGGCCAAAUCCGAUCCCUUGGUGGACCAGCUCAACACCGACAACAUCAAGAAAUCACAACCGUCCAACGGAAUACUCGACCGAAAACCGACAGGGCCCAAACCCGGGCCAAUUCCUGUGCCUGUUCCUACAGUACCGGACCAGACCCGGCGGCAGACCCAGAAUGGACGCUUAUUCAUCUCCCCUCGGAGGGUGGUGGUGCAGGCUUCCACCGGCGAGCUCCUGAGGUGUCUCUCUGACUUUCUCUGCCGCCGCUGCUUCAAGCUCAAAGAGCUCACGGCCAAUGAGGUCAUCCUGUGGUUCCGUAACGUGGACCGGGCUCUGUUAGUGCAGGGCUGGCAGGACCAGGGCUUCAUCACCCCGGCUAACCUGGUCUUCGUCUACUUGCUCUGCCGAGAGGCAGUGGAGGAAGACACGGUGUCUGAAUACGAGCUGCAGGCGACCUUCCUCACCUGCCUGUACCUGGCCUACUCCUAACAUGGAAACGAGGAUCUCCUACCCGCUCAAGCCGUUCCUGGUGGAGUCCAGCCGGGAGGCAUUCUGGGAGCGGGCCCUUGGUCUCAUUGACCGGAUGAGCGGGCCAAUGCUGAGGAUAACGCAGACCCGCACUACUUUACCGAGGUGUUCCAGGACCUGAAGAACGAGGGAGGGUCAAGGGGAGAAGGAGAAGGAGAAGAAGGAGAAGGAGAAGGAGGAAAGACGGAAAACGGAUAGGCGAGUUGGAUCGUUAAGAACUGGAUGAGGGGAGGAGAGAGGGAGGGGGAGGGGGAUUUGGUUUAGGAUACGGUCGCGGACACCAGCCACACACCCGCCGGUUGUUUG